UGAGAAAUCCAAAAAACUGAUAAACGCUCUACUUAAUUAAAAUAGAUAAAUGGGAGCGGCUGGAAUGGCGGAACAUGGCCAGGUUCCUUCGCCAAUCAGUCGUAAAACAGAAGUCGUGGAAAGCGGAUAGAAAGAAUGUUCGAUUUGACGGGCAAGCAUGUCUGCUAUGUGGCGGAUUGCGGAGGAAUUGCACUGGAGACCAGCAAGGUUCUCAUGACCAAGAACAUAGCGAAAUUGGCCAUUUUACAGAGCACGGAAAAUCCCCAGGCCAUCGCUCAGCUGCAGUCGAUAAAACCGAGUACCCAAAUAUUUUUCUGGACCUACGACGUGACAAUGGCAAGGGAAGAAAUGAAGAAGUACUUCGAUGAGGUGAUGGUCCAAAUGGACUACAUCGAUGUCCUGAUCAAUGGAGCUACGCUGUGCGAUGAAAAUAACAUUGAUGCCACCAUCAAUACAAAUCUAACGGGAAUGAUGAACACUGUGGCCACGGUGUUACCCUAUAUGGACAGAAAAAUGGGAGGAUCUGGUGGGCUAAUUGUGAACGUUACCUCGGUCAUUGGAUUGGACCCUUCGCCGGUUUUCUGCGCCUAUAGUGCAUCCAAGUUCGGUGUGAUUGGAUUUACCAGAAGUCUAGCGGACCCCCUUUACUAUUCCCAAAACGGAGUCGCUGUGAUGGCGGUUUGUUGUGGCCCCACAAGGGUCUUUGUGGACCGGAAACUGAAAGCGUUUUUGGAAUACGGACAAUCCUUUGCCGAUCGCCUGCGACGAGCUCCCUGCCAAUCGACAUCGGUGUGUGGUCAGAAUAUAGUCAAUGCCAUCGAGAGAUCGGAGAAUGGCCAGAUAUGGAUUGCGGAUAAGGGUGGACUGGAGUUGGUCAAAUUGCAUUGGUACUGGCACAUGGCCGACCAGUUCGUGCACUAUAUGCAGAGCAAUGAUGAAGAGGAUCAAGAUUGAAUUCGAAUCAAAUAAAAUAAUGCUUUACGCAAAAAGUA